CCGCCCACACGCCCCGUCCCCACAGGGCCCGCCCGGCGACCGCGCUUCUCUGCGCCGACUCGAACCCGCGGACAUGGCGAGCCAGGUUAUCAAGUGUAAGGCUGCGGUUGCCUGGGAGGCUGGAAAGCCUCUCUCCAUAGAGGAGGUAGAGGUGGCACCCCCAAAGGCUCAUGAAGUUCGCAUUAAGAUCCUUGCCACUGCAGUGUGUCACACCGAUGCCUAUACGCUGAGUGGGGCUGAUCCUGAGGGGUGUUUCCCAGUGAUUUUGGGACACGAAGGCGCUGGAAUUGUGGAAAGUGUUGGUGAAGGAGUUACUAAGCUGAAAGCAGGUGAUACCGUCAUCCCACUUUAUAUCCCACAGUGUGGAGAAUGCAAAUUUUGUCUGAAUCCUAAAACGAACCUUUGCCAGAAGAUAAGAGUCACUCAAGGGAAAGGAUUAAUGCCAGAUGGUACCAGCAGAUUUACUUGCAAAGGAAAGACAAUUCUACAUUACAUGGGAACCAGCACGUUUUCUGAAUACACAGUUGUGGCUGAUAUCUCUGUUGCUAAAAUAGAUCCCUUAGCACCUUUGGAUAAAGUCUGCCUCCUGGGCUGCGGCAUUUCAACUGGUUAUGGCGCCGCUGUGAACACUGCCAAGGUGGAGCCUGGCUCUACUUGUGCCGUCUUCGGCCUGGGAGGAGUUGGAUUGGCCGUGAUCAUGGGCUGUAAAGUGGCCGGUGCAUCCCGGAUCAUUGGCGUGGACAUCAAUAAAGAUAAAUUUGCAAAGGCCAAAGAGUUUGGAGCAUCUGAAUGUAUCAACCCCCAGGACUUCAGUAAACCCAUCCAGGAAGUGCUGGUUGAGAUGACUGACGGAGGCGUGGACUAUUCCUUUGAGUGUAUUGGCAACGUGAAGGUCAUGAGAGCGGCGCUGGAGGCCUGCCACAAAGGCUGGGGCACCAGUGUGGUGGUUGGAGUAGCUGCUUCAGGUGAAGAAAUAUCCACUCGACCGUUCCAGCUGGUUACAGGCCGCACCUGGAAAGGCACUGCCUUUGGAGGAUGGAAGAGUGUAGAAAGUGUUCCAAAGCUGGUCUCUGAAUAUAUGUCCAAAAAGAUAAAAGUUGAUGAAUUUGUGACUCACAAUCUGUCUUUUGACAAAAUUAACAAAGCCUUCGAACUGAUGCAUUCUGGGAAGAGCAUUCGAACUGUUGUAAAGAUUUAAAUUCAGAAGAGGAAAAUAUGCCCAUCCUGCCUUGCGGUGUGAUGGGAGCAGCCCGACAGGCAGGGAGAAGCCCUUCCAAGUUCACGGCCUCUCAGACCCUCAGUCACUACUCUCAGCAAUAGUGUUACGUGUGUGAUUCGUAAAUGGCUAUAAUCAAGGCCAAGACUAAUUUCAGUCACAAAUCUGUUGUCUGUACUCUCCUUCACAUAAUCAUUGCUAGCACAUAAGGGAAUAUUUUAUAUAAUAAAAGUAAUUUCUGCA